GAGGACUGGGAGGCCGGAGGCGUCGUCCAGGACGUGGUCACCGACGGCCCCCUCCAGCUGGGCGACAUCGAGAUGCCGGUGGGGUCGAUCAUGGUGGCGUUCCAGAACGGGGCCGCCCUGAAGUGGGUCUGGGCCCAGGACGUGCCCGCGCGCCUGAGGAGGGAGGGCGGCAGCGACGGCGACGCCUUCGACCUGGACGACUGGGCGGCCACGAACUCGGGCGGCGCGGCCGAGGUCUUCGGCUUCUCCGCGGGCGAGGACGCCGAGGUCUGGAGCAACAGCAAGGGCGAGUGGAUACCCUGCCUGGUCCAGGCCGUCUUCGUGCGGGAGACGGAGGCGGACGGCUUCACCGUGCCUCCCAACACCAUCAAGGUGGAGUCUGAGGCCGGGACGAAGUAUCUGAUGGCCUUCGGUUCAGCCCGCCACCGUGCCCUCCUCCUCCGCUUCCUCCUCCUCCUCCUCCUCCUCCUCCGCCUCCUCCUCCUC